CUCCUUUGUAGGGUGGUGGGACAUUUAGUAGUCUUAGGAAAGGCUAUCAAAGCCGUUCAUCCCUCGUUCUGUGUAAUUUCUUGCUCAUUGGAGUGCUGUUCCUAGUCAAAUCUUAAAUUAUGAAAAUAGGGAGAUAUGAGAAGAGUUACUAGGGUCAAAUUAUCCAACUCUAAAAUAAAGAGUGAGCCAAGGACCAGCAUUAGCAAUGAGAGCAAGCAAGCAGAAGCCAUAUGUACCAACUUCAGUAAUUAUAUUAAGAGAUUUACUCCACUCAAGGCCAAGAUGGACAAAUUUUUCAGUGCAUAUAAUAGAGGUAUAAGCUGGGACAAAUACUUUGAUUUUUCAAAUUCUCAAGCAGCUCCUAUUGAGAUAACAUCUGUGAAGAAGGAUCAGAUUUCAUUGAAGGACCCCCAGUUCAACCAGAAAUGGGGCAAGCUGAUGGACCUUAUCCUUCAUAAAGAUAAAGAUGGUUUCUCAAAAUCGAUGAAGAUGCUUAAGACCAAAAUCGUUAUCAAACGAGAAAUUGAUUCUUUGGUUGAGUUCGAGAAUUCCAUUCCGAUGAAGGCAAGUUACAAGAAGUUUAAGUCCAACAGAAGGUCAGAGAACCAAGUUAAGGCGAAAUCUUACCUACCUGGCUCCCGUACUUCUAGAGCCUCCUCUGUAAAGCUGGCUACUACACAGACAUCUGAUGCUAAGAAAAGAAAUGCUCUUAAGCCAAGUGACCAGCAUUUUGGAAUAUUACCUUUGAAAAUGGUAGAGAAGUCUCCAUGAGAAUCGCAGGACCGGUUCACUUCGAGAGCUUUAGAAAGCCAAUUUCCUGGAAAUCUGAAUAUGAAUACAGUAGAGAAGAAUCUUAUACCAAAAUCGAAGUAUUUUAGAGGAGAGAGAAAACUUCAUAGCUCAGUUCAUAGGAGAAGAUCCAGUCCUCCUAAAACAGCUUUAAGCAAGUCAAGGCAGCCAUUCUUGUCUCGUGUAGAGGAGGCUCCUAGGAAAACUAAUCAGAAGCUGUUGAGAUUGCUUUUAUCCAAGAAGCAUCCAAUUUUUAAAGUAAACUCCUCAACGAAGGCUCAUAAGAAGUUUAAUUAAUAUUUACCAAGUUCAA